CGCCACGUGGUCUUCGCCUCCCUGGAGCACAACGUUCCGGAGCUCAACAUCCGAGGCUUCACAGGUGAUGCUGGCAUCUUCUUGGAGGAUCUGGCGAAGGAGCAUCCUCGUGGUACCAUCAGCUUCAUCCAUCCGAUGCUUGGUGGCUGCGACUACGGCGAGCUGGAGUGGUUUACGGACUUGUCGAUGCUCGUCGAUGGGAAGAGCUAUGCCGCUAAAGUUCUUCGCUGGGAGUCCCCCAAGAAGGAGAAAGGCGUCAAGAAGGUCUGGUACUUCGUCCGACAUGAGCUCUUCUUGGAGAGAAUGCAGGAGAGCAUCUAUCCGGGCCCCAUGUGCAAGCUCCGCGUGCUGCGCUUCUUCUCGCUCUGGAACCAGGCAGUGGCUCUGCUUUUGGAUGCGCUGAGACCUGACGUGUUCCACUGCCUCGACUGCCACCAGGCCAUGGCUCCACUGUACCUCAGCGAGCUGCACAUCCCUAUGGUUCUGAUGCUCCGGAAGCCUUUGGAGAUGGGCUCCGUCGACUCCGAACUCAUUUGCGACCGCUGCUGGAAGACCACCAUUGCCCUUCGCCGCCUCUCUGUC